UUUAGUCACUGUCUGGAAUUUUGAACUGUACAUGAUCCCCCUGGCGUUGUUGCUACUCUUCAUCUACAAUUUCAUCACACCCACAAAAGGGAAGGUUGGUAGCAUCCAGGACAGCCAGGAGAGCACAGACUUAGAGGAAGAGGAGGAUGAAGAUGACAAGGAAUCUGAGAAAAAGGGGUUAAUUGAGAGAAUCUAUAUGGUACAGGAUAUUGUUUCAACUGUUCAAAACAUCUUGGAGGAAAUAGCUUCUUUUGGAGAAAGAAUUAAAAACAUGUUUAACUGGACGGUCCCGUUCCUCUCGUUCCUGGCCUGUUUGAUCCUGGCAGUGACCACCAUCGUUUUGUAUUUUAUUCCACUCCGGUACAUCAUUUUAAUCUGGGGCAUAAAUAAAUUUACGAAGAAGCUUCGAAAUCCCUAUGCCAUCGACAAUAAUGAGCUGCUAGACUUCCUCUCCAGGGUACCAUCUGAUGUUCAAAAGGUGCAGUAUGCAGAAUUGAAACUCUGCAGCAGCCAGAGCCCCGUUCGGAAGAAGCGCAGCGCUCUCUAGGACCCACGCCAGCCUUGGGCACCAGCACCCGAUGCCCUGUUGGGUUGAUUAGACCAACACUCUCUGUUUCCGUGGUGGUACCCAUGGUGUUAUUCUGAAAUGCGUGGAGCCCUCCCUGUACUCUCCCUGCUUCUCCACGUGCGCCAAUGCACACCCAUGUGCUCACAUCCACACGCGUGGGUGUGCUAGUUGCUUAGCGGCUUGGCCCGUCAGAAGGAAACAAUCUAGCGACCGUGGAAGACUGAGGUCCCUUCUCAAAUAGGAGGUAAAGUAAGGUGGCCAGGGGUCUGAACAACCUCCUCGAGAAUGGCUGGGAGACCACCUGCAUGCAAGUGUGACUCCGAACUUGUUUUCCUACCUCCAACAGAUUCUCCUUAAGAUUCAGUUUUUUCCUCUCCCGUUUGCACACUCCUUUCAGAUUAUCGGGCAUGUGAGUCCAUUUCUUUCUCUUGAGUUCACAGGUCUCUGGUUGUAGCAUCAUCUCCCCAACGAGUGUCUCUUGUAAGUAGAUUUUUUAAUAAUUGCCAGGAUUAGCACAAGCCUUUGGGAGUCCUGCGCCAUGAUUACUGAAGACGUGUGUGGACAAUGGCAGUCAGCUCCCCGGUGCUGGACGCCAGUGUGUAUGGCAGUCCGUUGCAGACAGUGGAAGCCCUGCAAAGGUCCAAAGGGACCAUUCAUCCAAAAAGUGAAGGUUACAUGAGAGUAUUUGGUUACCUUACAAACGCCAUAUCUUCUGACUGGACUUUGCUUAUUUCCAAAAUAGAAUGUCAAUAUUAGAGCUUCAGAGAGAGGGGGAUGAAUGAAUGAAUUCUGGAAGUAUUUAGGAAGAUGGAGAAAGGCUGAGGAGCAAGGGACUAAUUUAUGGCUGCUUUACCUGAUUGUCAUAACCACUGUAUUUGCCCGCAUUUUUGAGCAGAAAGUAAAAAUAACUCAGCCGUCCAAAUUGAUCUUUUGUUCCUGAGCAAGAUAAGCUACACAUAAUGCAUAUAUAUCUCAGAACCCUAUUCCUUGAAAAGCACCACCCCAAGGUCGUCUUAAAAAAUAGCUGAUUCCUUCAGACCCCACCAUUUCAUAGUACCCCCAAGUAAAAACCCCGAUUUUAUGCAUAUAUAAAAUACACGCAAAUAUCCUUCUGUUCAAAUGAUAUUUAAGUUGUAAAGACUAUUUUGUUGACACAUACUCUGUGCAGUUUUAUAUAUAACAUAUAUAUAUAUGUGUGUGUGUGUGUGUGUGUAUUGUAAAGAAAAGUUGAGGUAAAAAGACCUGAUUUAAUAGUUUUAUUUUUUUUUUCCUCUCUGGGUUGUAAUUUAAUAAUCUUCAAACAAAACGUUUAUGAAAAAUGCCAAAGAUUCUAAACCUUAUCAUCCCGUGUCUGUUUUUCUUCAUAUUAUAUCUUCCUGGUUUUCUUUCUGGCUGAGCCAGAUUUCUGCAUGAUUUGAUUUGCUUCAAGUUAAUGAAGCUGGCUGGAAAAGAGCCUUGCAGAAAUUAUAAAAGCUCCAGUAAAUCUCUUAGUUGUACAUACAAUAGAUAUCCAAAAACCUCUUUUGUUAAACCAGUUACUCAAUCUUCUGUGUAAACAAUGCCUCAUUGUCUCACUCCCAACUAUCAUGUAGUUUAUCACAGUCUGUCAUUUUGUAACGACCUAAGUCAGACAUUUUUAAACAGACAUGUGAGAUCUGAUCAGUCAUUUGAAUGAAAACUUUCAGCAGCAAAAUAACCCCUUAUUUAUUUAAAAGUGGAACCGAUACUUUAUUGUUGUUCCUUUGCUAUGCAAUUUCAAAAUGAAAUAAUUUGUCCAACAAGAAGGCAUCAUUAGUUAGACUUAUUCCCUCUGCAGCCCAAUGGGAAUUCUGAGCAUUAAGUUUAGGACACAGACAGCAGCUGGGCUACCAAGAGCAGGACUGAAUCAACCUUUAAUAAACUGUAAGUGGAAAACAAUUGUUAAUUGAUUAAGUAGACUUUGAACGUUAAAAAUGUUCGUUGUAAGGGAAAUGUGAAGAUUUAUACAAGUAAUCAAACUCAUACGAGAUUCCAGAAUGCUCUUUAGAUAAAAUUUAUGGAUUAUGGUUUCAGUAUGAUAAUUAAAGAUAAUUUAGUAGGAAUGUUGAAGUUUAGCCAAGCUCUCCUGAUUCUCUUCUCAAACCUCACAGCCCCAUUUCCAGCUCUGACUGGAUGUCUUUAGGCACCUCUACCUCAGUGGGUCAGAAAUUCUGUUAUCUCUCCCUCUGUGUGUUCAGGACCCUUAAACCCAUAGUCUCCUAGCUUCCUUAUUUCCCUUACUGGCACUGGCAUUUUCUGGGCUAGUAAUCACUGGGCAUCCCCUUUUUUGUUCCUUAUGUUUUUUUUUCCCCCCACCUCCCAACCCAUAAAUCUGUAGAUCCAGUGUUGCCAUGUUAUCUUGUCCAUUUCUGUCUUGUCCAUUUCUGAUCACCACCCCCUAAGCCAAGGCCUCCAAUACCUCUUACAAGACAUGGCGAUGGUACCAAUUACAUUACAUCAGAUUAAUCCUUAUUCCGACUAUUCUUUUCACUAGGAAUACUUUCUCACAAGUUUCUGUCCAAAUAAAUUCUACCAUCUUUUAAAAUUUUCAGAAGUUUCCUGCCCCAAAUAGGAUUUCUUUUGUUUACUUGGCUGAAUUAGAGUCUACCCUUCUCUCUUGCACCCCCUCCCCCACAUCUUUCAUAUCUUUCUGGCAUUUGCCAUAUUCUGCUAUAGCUCAUCAUUACCAGAGGCCUUGAUUCCCUCUGUCCUCCACUGGGUAGACCAUCCUGUCUGGCACCUAAAAGACACUCAGGAAAUACCUGAUUAAUUGAUUGGGUUAUAGUCAACUUUUCUUCUCUGCCCUUUCAUGUAUACAGAGCGCUGAGAUGGGUAGAUUAGUGUGGUCUAUCAGAGGAAGUAAUUUCUUGUAUUAAACACACAGCUCGUACUGUGAUAUUAUUUAUAAGCUUUGGCCAUGUCAACUAUAAACUUUUCAAUGAUGUCUUAUAUUGGAGAAGUCAUUACCUACAUACAUAUCACAGGAAAAUAUAUUUGUGCACGGUUAAAAAAAAACAACUUUGAUUUUUUUUCUUGUCAUUUAUCAUUUAAUGAACAUAUAUGGAACACUGAUGAUCUACCUGAACAAAACAGACUGCAUUCCCUUGGUGGAGACAGACAUGAAACAGAUACUUUUGAAAAGUGGCAUGACAUUUGCAGAUUCAAGUUUUAAAAAGAGUAUUCUGGCUGCAGUGGGUAGACCAGCAAUUGUGAAUGUUCAGAGAAGAGCUAAUUUGAAUAAUCUUGAUAAAUUGAUGGUCACCUGGACCUUCAAAUAGUGUCAAUGGAAAAAAACUACAGGUGAAAUCGUGAGAUGGUUAGGAGGAAAAAUGAGCAGGACUUCUCAAUUGCUUGACCAUGGGGUGAAGGAGAGAGUAGAGUUCCAAGAUGGCACUCAGUGUUCUCAUCUUGGGGUCCAGGAAGAUGGUAUGGUGUUUGCUAAGAGAGAAUUACAGGAGCAGCCAUGAGAAGAAUAGCAUGAGCCCAGUUUUAGACAAUGUUGAAUAUGAGGUACCUGAGAAGCCUCUAAAUGGGGAUCUCAAAGAGUUAACAAUAUAUGGAUAUGGAGCCGAAAAAAGAAAUACACUACUUGAAGGAGAUAUACAUAAGGGCCAACAUUCAUAGAAAUGAUUGAAGCCAGAUGCUUCAAGAAAUUGACUCCACACUGAAAAAGUUCUGUAAGGAUGAGUCCACUAAGGCUAAAUAGAAAAUACUAAAUAAGAGAAAAAGCAGUAAGCAUAUAUUGUCAUAGAAUCCAUUUGGUAGAGUGUGUUUCAAGAAAGCAGGUGUGGUCCAUAGUGCAUACCACUGAGAUCACUUCAGUUGAGGACAGCACAGAGACCUUUAUUUAAUGGCAUGGCAACUUGUGGGGAUCUUGGUGAUGAGUCAUUUCUGUAGUGUGGUAGGAAAGGAAACCAGAUUUGAGUUGAGAAAUGAGUGGACCUAGGAAAAUGGAGACCACAUGGAGGUACCCCUUGAAAAAUUCCACUAGAAGGAAAGGAGAGAGAGCACAAGAACUCAGAAUGGAAGGUGCCUGGAAUUAUUAAGGGAAAAAGGUAGAUGUUUCAUGAACUCAGUGUGCACCUGUUAGUAACAAAAAAUCCUUUAUGAGUACAAGAUGGAGUGAUCUGUAUCAUUUAAAACUGUGCUCUGUUGAAACCCACCUCUCUUUUGUGUAGUAGUAAUUCGACUUUUAUGGGAGUAAAGUGGCUGGGAAAUCAAAAUAGAAUAUCUUCUGAAAAUAUUAUGAGUACUCAAUUGAUCAUUGGAUGAAUGUUAAAAGGUGACAUCUAAAGAAUGGCUUAAAGCACAUUAUCUCUUUAUGUAGGUCUCUGUAGAAAGUCUACCCUGCUGUUCUGGUGAAUUAAUGUAGUGAUUUACAUGGGGAAAAUGGACAGUCAAGCACAGAAGGAUAGCUAGCAUUUUAGAGCAUUUAUUAAAUGCCAGGUACUUCCUCAGUGCUUUAGAUGUAAUAGCUCGUUUAAUUAACAACAACAAAACUAUGAAAUUCCUCAACUAUUUAUGGAAAAAAUAACCAAUUUCAUUCAAACUCUCCCAGGAAGUAGUAAAAAGAAGAUAUAACACUUUUCUACAUAUUUUAUGAAGCCAGUAUAAUCCUCAUUCCAAAACCCAACAAGGUGAUACAAGGAUGGAAAAUUACUUACCAAAAUCCCUUAUGAAUAUAGAUAUAAAAUUAUGAAAGAUAUGUAAGCUUCUAUACUGAAAACAUGAUUGAGAGAAAGAAGAUAAAUAAAUGUAGAGUUUCAUGGAUUAGAAAAUUCAAUAUAUUAAGAUUUCAAGAGAUUAAAUGUAAGCCCAAUAAAAAUUAUAACUUUUUUUACAGAAAUUAAUCAGCUGAUUCUAAAAUGUACAUGGAAAUGCAAGAAUCCAAGAAUAAUCCAAGCAAUCUUGCAGAUGAUUAACACUGGCAGAUAACAAGAUGUAUUAUAAAGUUAUUGUAACUAGACAAUGUGCUGUGGGCACAAGCGUAGACAUUAAAUAGAAAAGACUGGAAGGACACCCACACAUAUUUGGUAACCUGUGACGUAAUUUAUGUCAAAGGUGACAUAUUUUCAGUGUGAGGACAGCAUGCAGUGUAGGGAAAAAAGGCUUUGAAAAAUGACACUGGGUCACUUAAGUACCCACAUGGAUAAAAUAAAUAUUGACACCUUCCUUAUACUCACAAAGAUCAAUUCUGUAUGAAUUGCAGAUCCAAAAGUGGAAGGCAAAGUAAAAGAUUUCAGAAAAAGACAUAGGAAAAUGUCUUCACAUUUAUGUGAUAAGCAAAGAUUUCUUAAACUGAUAAUAGGUGCUAGUCAUAAUGAGAAAAUACUGAUAAAUUAGAGAUCAUUAAACUUAAUUUUUCCUCAAAAAGUAUGAAUUAAGAGAGAAAAAGGGUAAGCCACAAAGUGAAAGAAAAUAUGUAAUCUCUAUGUAUUAUCUGACAGUUCUAUCCAAAAUACAUAAAGAUUUUCUACAAUGAAAAGGCAGAAAACCCAGUAGAAAAAGGGGCAAAAGACUUGAACAGGCACUUCACAGAAGAGCUUAUCCAAAUGGCCAGCAAGCAUAAAAAGGUGCUCAGCAUCACUAGUCAUAAGGCAAAUGCAAAUUGAAACCACAAAAUGAUACAACUGCACACAGCCAAAAUGGCUAAAAUGAAAAGUCAAUAUUAAGUGUUUUUAAGGAUUUGGAAAAAGAAAUUCCUAUAUACUCUUAGUGGGUGAGAACAUAAAUUGGUACAACCACUUUGGAAAACUUUCGGAAAAGUAUCUAUUAAAGCUAACUGUAUGCAUACCCUAUGACCCUUCCCCCAGUUUCACUCUUCGGUAUAUAACCAAUAGAUUGUGCAUAUGUUCAAUAAAAGACAUGCCCCAGAACAGUUACCAAAGUACUACUUGUAUAAUUCCAAAAACAGCAGCAGUAUAUAUUCAUCAGUAUCUGAGAGGAUCAAUUACUUGGGACUACAAUGGAAUACCAUACAGAAAUGAAGAACUAAGGUUGCAUGCAACAACAUGGGUAUUUCAUAAAUCAUGUUCAACAAAAGAAACAAGACAGCACAAAUACAUGCAAUGCAAGAUUUCAUUGACGUAAAGUUCAAGAACAGAAAAACACAAUCUAUGGUGUUAAAAUUCAGAAGGCUGGGGGUAUGAUGCCUAAAAGGAGCCGUAAGUGGAAUUCCUAGGAUGAUGUCAAGGUUUUGUCAUUUUGGUCUGGAUUCUAGUUACAUGAACUUGUUAACUUUGUGAAAUUCACUGAGCUGUAAACUUACAACUUGUAUAAUUUUCUGCAUGUUUACUAAAAGGAAAGAAAAGUUA